CCAUGUUUUUAAUAAAAUAAUUUCGUAUUUUUUUGAACACGGUUCAUUGAUCGCGUGCCUAUGCAUGUCCAUUCAUCGUAAUCUUUACGAAUAGUUUGAGUUAGGACAUGAAUCUUCGUCGUCUUUUCCAAGAUUUUAAUCCAAGUAAAUUUCUACUGUUCUUUACACUCUUCAUCUUUUCGAUCUUGCUCGCGUUGCGUUUGGAUGGAACUAUCACGUGGAGUUACUGGGCGGUUUUCACUCCUGUUUGGAUUUGGAAAAUCAUGGUUUUAUCAGGUGCUUUCACUGGAAUUUACAUUUGGAUUCGACAUCCGGAGUACAGAGGUGAAGGAGAUAGUCAUGUGGAUUUCAAGGCAAUGAUUAUCUGCCUUGCUUUGCAUCUUCUCUUGCUGAUGUUUGAGAUAUUUGUAUGCAUUAAUCUUGGUGGUGGUCAAAUGUUUCCAUGGAGACUCAUGUUUAUGCCUUUGUAUGUGCUAUCAUCAUUGUCAAUCAUCGCUUGUAUCUGGGGAUUCAGACAUGACAGAUCAGUAGAGCUUGAAACAGUGUUCUCAGUAAAUGUUCUGCAGUUUAUCUUCCUUUCCCUACGCCUGGACAGAGUUAUCCUAUGGUCAUGGGUGGUUGUGUUUGUUCCUAUGUGGAUAGUGCUGUCCUUACUUUGUCUUCUAGUGUUGUAUUAUGUUAUAUGGUCUAUAAUAUUUGUCAGGACAGCAGAAGUUCUUCCAGCACAGCGUCGAGGCCAUGUCAUGGUGGCUGUAGCUUCUGUUCUCCUUGUCAUUCCACUUCUAACAUUUCAGAUCAUCCUCUGUAACAGACUUGAUGGCAUUACACAAGACAUGUUUGUUGGAGUCGUUGCUCCCCUUCAAAUCUCUCUUCUGAGUCUACUGGCCACUUCCUUUUAUCACAAAGGAGGCAACCACUGGUGGUUUGGAAUGCGAAAGGACUUUUGUGAGUUUCUCCUCGGGACUUGUCCCUUUCUACAGGAGUAUGGGAACAUUUCUUGCAAAUUUUCUGAAAGUGUUUUCUCAAGAGCACCUAGGGAAGAGACUUCUAUUGAACCACAGCGGAAACCAGUGGUUCAUGAGUACUCAGUUAAAUGUGUAGUACCAGUUGUAUCCAUUGAAAUGCCAGACUGAUGCUGUAGUGGUCAAGAAUGUUAACUUUGUGGCCACCAGUCAUUCACAGGCAAUGGAAGGAAAAGAGCCAAGCAAAAGCAAGAAUAAGUCAGAUCAGAACUGUCACAGUGAAAUCAUACACAUCAGCUUCCAAAUAAAUCUGCAGUACCAGUUACAUUUUGGUGCCGGUAGGGCUGAGAACCCAAUCAAUGGUGUGUUUGAUGGAUUGGUAAUGAAUCUUACACGCUGUUCAACACUGUUGAUGCAAGAAGCUAAAUGAUACAUGCUUUUUGACUGCCUCUUACUUCAAUAUUUCAGAUUACAGAUGCAUAGAAGAUGACAUUAUUAACAAAAUUUUUCAUUGUUAUAAAUAAACAAAUAGAUUCUAUGUAUUUGUGGAUCUGUUCAGCAGAAGAACACAGUAAACAUCAAAUGAUGGAAGGAACAUCAGUGACAA